AUGAAGCUGCUCUGCUGCGAGUCCGUGGCGUCUCUGCUGCUGCUUCUUCCAGUUUGUUGGGCAGCUCACGGACGCUUCGCUCAGAAGCUGCUCAAUGACCUUUUCUCCAACUACACCAACGCCCUGCGGCCGGUGGAGGACACUGACCACAUCAUCAAUGUCACACUGCAGAUCACUCUCUCCCAGAUCAUCGACAUGGAUGAGCGGAACCAGAUCCUGACGACCUACCUGUGGAUACGCCAGGUGUGGAUGGACGCCUACCUCGCCUGGGAUAAGGACGACUAUGACGGUCUCGACACCAUCCGCAUUCCCAGCAGCUACGUAUGGAGACCUGAUAUUGUUCUGUACAACAGUGCGGACGAUGAAUUCUCCAGCUCCAUGGAAACCAACGUUGUUCUCCGUGAUGAUGGCCAGGUCAUGUGGGACCAGCCGGCCAUCACUAAAAGCUCCUGCUCUGUCGACGUGGCCUUCUUCCCCUUCGAUGUGCAGGAAUGUCACCUGACCUUCGGCUCCUGGACUCACAAUGGCAACCAGAUGGACUUGUUCAAUGCCUUGGACAGUGCUGACCUGUCCGACUUUGUCUCCAAUGUUGAGUGGGAGGUUCUGGGGAUGCCAGCCAAGAAAAACGUCAUCCUAUACGGCUGCUGUUCGGAUCCGUACCCCGACAUCACCUUCACCCUCCACCUGAAGAGACGGGCGUCCUUCUACAUCUUCAACCUCCUCAUCCCUUGCAUGAUGAUCUCCUUUCUGGCUCCGCUGGGCUUCUACCUGCCCGCUGACUCGGGUGAAAAGGUAUCCCUCGGCGUCACGGUGCUGCUGGCCCUCACUGUGUUUCAGUUGCUGGUGGCURAGAGCAUGCCGMCCUCCGAGAGCGUCCCACUGAUAGGAAAAUACUACAUUGCUACCAUGACGAUGGUUACUGCUUCAACAGCACUCACCAUCUUCAUCAUGAACAUUCACCACUGCGGUCCUGAGGCUCGUCCUGUCCCAGAAUGGGCCGAACGCUUCAUCCUCAAUCACCUCGCCCGCAUCUGUUUUGUCUAUGAGGUCGGAGACAACUGUUUCGGUGGGACUUCAGCCAAGAAACAACCUCUGUCUCACGAGGAGUCUGAGGCCCCUUCAGCCAAUGGUGGCAAUAACAGAGGACCCAACUCAGAUGUGAACGGACAGGCCUGGGGAGGGAGGGUGGAAGAGGACGGGCCAGGGGAGUCUAUGAAGGUGAGGCAGGAUUUGAACGACCAGAAGGCCUGGAAGAAGGAUCUGUUUGUGACCAUCGACCACGCUAAGGAGGAAGGAGCUGCUGGUGGACGAGAAGAGCAGGGAGAGGAAAAGAAAGGAGGUGAAGCCUGGAAGAACAGGAGGGAGGUCUCAGUGAAGUGUGUUUGCCAGCACCAGGGACUGUGCAAGAACGUUGAGUACAUUGCCAACUCAUACCAGGACCAGCGAGCAGCACAGCUGCGCAUCGGGGAAUGGAGGAAGGUCGCCAAGGUCAUGGAUAGAUUCUUCAUGUGGCUGUUCUUCAUCAUGGUCUUCUUCAUGAGUAUCCUCAUCCUGGGAAAAGCCAUCUGAUAGAGAGCUAGUGUCAAAGAAUCACAAGAGGAGAAGUUAGUACGUAGAUAAAAUGAUUUGCUCAUUCAACCUGAAACAUUCAUCAUUUCCACUGAUGGUUUGUUAGUUAAUGAGCUUUAAGUCUCACUCAUGUCAAAACAAAUCAGAAACACAUAAUUUCAAAUGCUUUGAAAAAGUAACCCAUCAAAUAUGAGUUAACUAUUAAAAGCAUGACCUUCAGGUCUUCAGAUCUCAGAACCUAACCCACAGGAUCUAGCGUCACUAUAUCUACUAUCAACUCUGGAAAAACAAUAAUUUGAUGAUCAACCCUCCUACUGCUGAUGCGUGAGUCAAGUGACGUGAGACUUUGUGUUGCAAAUGAGAGUUUAGUGAGUUUCUUUUUCUUACUCUUGAACACAAGCUUUCCAGAAACAUCUGAUUCCUUCCUCCAUCAAAUAUGUUGCCAGUGUCAAGUAGGAAUUUCUGUCAAGUUGUCAUAAUAACUACUUUUCAUUAUUGGGGUUAAUGAUUAUGAACCAAACAACAUAAAUGUUUCCUGAGAAUCAAGGAAAAAAGCCAACGUGUUUGAUGAAUCUAUUAAAACUGAUCCAGCAAAUUAAUAGUUUAUUAUUAUUCAUUGGU